AUGGCAAGCAAACAAUCCCUCGAAACUCCGCCCGACGAACGGAAGUCAGAUGCCGCCAAUCUGAACGAGCGUCUGUUCAAGAAAAUGAAGAAAGCUGUCGACUCCAACCCGGAGGUCGACCUGCUCUCGCUGUUUCCCAAAGAAUACUCGGAAAGACUAGCAAGACUAGCAAGUUCCCCGAAGAGGGACCGGAUAAAUCCACGUGACAAGGGUGUCACGUCUCUCGAGAACGUUUUGCCAAAACAAGACAAUCAGAGGGUUUCCACUAUCCACGAUGAUAUCCGCUACCUUCUCUCCGCUGGCGAUGUUCAGAUUAUGGAUCAGCCAUCACAUUCAGUUCAGGAACUAAUAAAGAGCAAAAUGGAAGUGAGAAAUGCCUCUCCCGCGAUCGAAACAGAACCCCAACAAUUCUCCAUGGCUCUGAUCAGGCUCAUCCAAGAAGGAGAAAUUGUCAGCACAGGCCCUGUUGCGUCCAGAAGAAUGGUAGUGAAGUGUGGUGUUGACACAAUCGCAAAGCUGGUUUGGGGGUUAGAAGAAUACACUGACUACACCACACUUCAGUACUUGCUAGAGCACAAACCCAGCAUUCCGGCACCUAGACCACUUGGUCUUGUCCGUAUGGGCUGGGUAACAAUCUUCUUCAUGUCUUACUUGUCAGGCCCGACCCUUGAAGCAGUAUGGGCAGAUCUGGGUACAGAUGAGAAAGCAUCUGUUCGAGACCAACUGGAUGUCAUUUUCCGUGAUCUCAGGAAAAUGGAGUUCCCCAAUGGCAUGUCCUUGGGUGGCGUGGGGGGUGAGGGCUGCAAAGACCUAAGGAGGCAUCUACGCCGCAGCACAACCCCAAUUUUUGAUGUCAAAGAGUUCGAGAAUUUCCAGUUUUCUAAUCCCAACUAUGGAAGCAAGAUUUUUAUCGACUUUCUCCGCGCAUUCGCUCCUCAGAGCUCACGUCAAAUCGUCUUCACGCAUGGAGACCUGCGGCCAGCAAACGUCAUUGUUGAAGUCACACAAGACAGAAGAUGCAUCGUUACUGGUGUCAUUGAUUGGGAAGACAGUGGAUUUUAUCCAGAGUACUACGAAGCCACGAAUUGUUUGGCAACUGAUCAAGUCUGGGAUUGGUUUCAGUUCCUGCCACCCUGCAUCUCGCCUCACACCUAUCCUGUAGAGUGGUUACGCGAUUACGUUUGGGGACGACAUCUAGAAUGA